AUGGCCUCUGCUCGGUGCUACAAAACAUGUGAACAAAGCUGCCAACAGAAAAGCCACAACCAUCAGCAACAACAUAGCUCAAUCGGACAGAAGGUGACCGACUUGUACAACGGACACCACAAUGAUGGAACACAAACCAAAACACAAUACUAUAGUGAGACAGAUGUGAUUUAUCAACCAGGAUAUGUUGUCAAAAAUCAAAGUAACACAUGCAACGGAACACGUCACAAUCACACUGCUACUGGCACCACUGCAGCAAAAUGCCAAGGAAGAAACAGGAAAGAGGAGAAACAUGUUCCAGAGGAUCAAGGAUGGCAUAUCAGGUCACAGCAGUGA